AUGGAGACUCAAAAGUAUCCUGUUGUCCCUGGGCAUGAGAUUGCAGGCAUUGUAAAAGAGGUGGGUUCCAAUGUUCAGCGCUUCAAAGUUGGUGACCAUAUGGGAGUGGGAACUCAUGUCAACUCAUGCAGAGAUUGUGAGUACUGCAACGACAGAUUUAAUGGUGUUGGUGUUGAUGGUACAAUCGCAAAAGGAGGAUACUCCAGUCAUAUAGUUGUCCAUGAAGGGUACUGCUUCAACAUACCAGAAAACUAUCCAUUGGCUUCGGCAGCUCCUCUACUUUGUGCUGGAAUUACUGUUUAUGCUUCGAUGGUACGCCACAAGAUGAACCAACCUGGUUAUUACCUGCCAAAGUGA